UGGACGGACAAGAUGUGUUAGCUUUAUUAUAAACGAUACAUAAAACGCGUCUUAAAACAUUUAGAGUUUAGAUUUCCAACUCAACGGUUCGUUAACGGGUCGAGUGUUAAGAAUAGAACAGAACUUUAAGUAAAGAACUUACGGAGUAUAAAGUCAAAAGCUAUAAAAAAGCUAUAAUAAUAGUAAUAAAAUAAUUACAAAUUUAUUAUGUUAAAUUGUUAAAACAAAAAACGCAACACAUUUAAUUAUAAUUGAAAAAGUGUUAUUUUUAAUAAAAUUUUAAAAAAUAAAAUUUCAAAAUGUUAAAAUUGUGUAAAAGAGUGCCGUUGAUGGGUCUUUUGGCCCUUACCAGUAUAUUGCUGGCCAUAUCAUGGGCCCAAGAACGUAAUGUUAUACUCGAAACUAUAGACUUUUUGCGUCGCGGUCAAAAUGAUGUAAAUUUGGAAAAUUACGAUAAUACCAUCACCAUGGAAGGUGAAUAUGAUUUUAUAGUUGUGGGUGCUGGUACUGCCGGUUGUGCUUUAGCCGCUCGUUUAUCAGAAAAUCCCAAAUGGAAGGUACUAUUGCUAGAAGCUGGUGGUCCGGAAAGUUUAAUUAUGGAUGUACCCAUAGUGGCUCAUUUCUUGCAAUUGGGUGAAAUGAAUUGGAAAUAUAGAACACAACCAUCAGAUCAUGCCUGUUUGGCUAUGAACAAUAAUAGAUGCAAUUGGCCCAGAGGCAAGGUUAUGGGUGGUUCUUCGGUUUUGAAUUAUAUGAUGUAUACACGUGGCAAUCGUCGUGAUUAUGAUAGAUGGGCUGAAUUGGGUAAUGAGGGUUGGAGUUUUAAGGAUGUUUUGCCUUAUUUCAAGAAAUAUGAAGGCUCUAGUGUACCCGAUGCCGAUGAAGAUAUGGUGGGACGUGAAGGUCCUGUUAAGAUUUCCUACAUCAAUUGGCGUUCCAAAAUAGCUGAUGCUUUUGUUGAGGCCGCUCAACAGGAUGGUCUCAAGUAUCGUGAUUAUAAUGGUCACAUACAAAAUGGUGUUGCUUAUCUACAUACCACUACACGCAAUGCUACCCGCUGGAGUUCUAACCGUUCCUACCUCUAUCCCAUUAAGGGCAAACGUCCCAAUUUACAUGUUAAGAAAAAUGCUUUGGUCACCAAGAUUCUUAUUAAUCCUGAAACCAAAACUGCUUAUGGUAUUAUGGUACAAACUGAUGGUAAAACUCAAAAAGUCUUAGCCAGACGUGAAGUUAUUGUGUCGGCUGGUGCCAUCAAUUCACCGCAAUUAUUGAUGUUAUCUGGUGUGGGUCCCGCCAAACAUUUAAGAGAAAUUGGUAUUAAACCUAUUGCGGAUUUGGCUGUGGGUUAUAAUUUACAAGAUCAUACUGCCCCAGCUGUUACCUUUACCACCAAUGCUACCUCUCUACAUUUUGAGGACUUUGCUGAACCCACGUUACUAAAUCUGUUUAAUCGUCAAUCCGGUCCUUAUGGUUCACCUGGUGGCUGUGAAGCUAUGGCCUUUUGGGAUUUAGAUCAUCCCAAUUUGGUAGAUGGUUGGCCAGAUAUUGAACUGUUUUUGGUGGGUGGUUCCAUGUCCUCCAAUCCUGCCAUCUCUAGAGCUUUUGGUUUAAAGAAAUCCAUUUAUGACAGUAUAUUUGCCGAAAUUGAAGAUAGAGAUUUGAAUGCUUUCAUGAUAUUCCCCAUGAUUCUAAGACCUAAAAGUCGUGGUCGUAUUAUGUUGAAAUCUGCCGAUCCCACUAAAUAUCCUCUCAUCUUUGCCAACUAUUUUAAUCAUCCUUACGAUGUGGACAUCUCGGUGAGAGGUCUCUUAAAGGCUCUCAGUCUUAUGGAAAAACCUGGUUUCCAGAAAAUCAAUGCCAAACUAUGGGAACGUAAAAUUCCUACCUGCAAGAAAUAUCCCUACAAAUCGUAUGCCUAUUGGGAAUGUUAUGUUAAACAUUUCACCUUCACCAUUUAUCACUACUCGGGAACCUGUAAAAUGGGUCCUAAAUCGGAUAGAGCAGCUGUAGUCGAUUCCCGUUUAAGAGUACAUGGUAUUAAGAAUUUACGUGUAGCCGAUGCUAGUAUUAUGCCAGAAAUUAUGUCUGGCCAUCCUAAUGGUCCCGUUUUUAUGAUUGCUGAAAAGGCUGCCGAUAUGAUUAAACAAGAUCAUGGUUUUAUACCUUACUAAAGAGGUUCAAAGGAAGUGGUGUGUAAAAUAUAGUUUUAUUAGUAACAAAUUAUUAAAGGGGGGGAAACUUUUCGCAAAUAUUUUAUACUUAAUUAUAAAAACUGUUAAGGAAAAUUUUGGAAAAAAUUAUGAAAAUUUUAUUGGCAGAAACCUUUAAAUUGUCUAAUUUUAUAUAAAUUCGUUUUCGUGUUUUUUUUUUAUAUUUUAAAUUUCUUAAGAACUUAUUAUAUAAGUUUUAAGUAGUCAUUAGUUUUAACUAAAUUUAUUUCGACAAAAAUGAGAUAAGUGACAAAAAAUUUUGCUUUUCAAAAUAUAGAAAAAAAUUG